AUUACUCCCCCUGUCUCUUUCUCUCGUCUCUCAUUCUGACGCUCCCCUGCUUUGCCGCCUCUCUCUCUCCCUCACACACACACUCACACACACACCGUCUUUCUCUCUCGCCCUCAUUCCUCCGCACCGCUGUAGACAUGGUCGAUGCUUUCGUUGGCACAUGGCUCCUCAAGGAGAGCGAUAAAUUUGAUGAUUACAUGAAAGAGCUGGGCGUGGGCUUCGCUACACGGAAAGUGGCCAACCUCACCAAGCCCACCACCAUCAUCUCAGUGGACGGCGACACGGUGACGCUGAAGACCCAGAGUACCAUGAAAAACACAGAACUCAGCUUCAAGCUGGGAGAGGAGUUUGACGAGACAACCGCCGACGACAGGAAGGUCAAGUCUAUUGUCAAGAUAGAGGACGGGAAGCUGGUGCACAUUCAGCGGUGGGACGAAAAGGAGACCAGCCUGGUCAGGGAAGUCAACGGCAACGUUCUCUUGCUGACACUCAAACUCGGAGAGGUUGUUUGCACGCGUCGCUACGAGAAGGCAGAGUAAA